AACGCCGUAAAUUGUACACAAAUUUAAGUAUUUGGGUCCACCUCAUAAACAUUGUUGACGUUUAAGUAUUGAAUGGCUACCGUAUUCCAGUUUUUCACUUUAAUUUCCGUUUAACCGGAUUAAAAGUAAACACUACAUUCAAAAUGAAUCAAGGCCAAGGCAACGUGCACUUUAACGUGCCAAAUAACUUUUCACCUGCCCAUAUGUCACAACAAUCACAGCAAGGUGGCAUAAUGCAUUUGCCACAGCACUCACCAAUGGCCCAACAACAGCAAAACAUACCCCAGCAACUGAUGCAGCAGUCUCAACCACAAUUAAUGCAACAACAGCUCACAGCACAACAGCAGCAACUGCAACAACAACAACAAGGUCAGGAAAUGUUGCUGCCCCAGUCACAAAUGAUGCAACAAUCUCAGCCUCAAUUAAUGCAACAACAGCUAAUGGCACAGCAGCAGCAACUACAACAGCAGCAGCUACAACAGCAACAGCAACAAGGCUUCCAACACUCCCCUGCACCCCAGAUGCAACAGCAACGUUAUUUACAACAGCAUCAGCAGCAACAAGGAAAUAUUUUUCAACAUCCUCAACAGCACUCACCUGCCCCUCAGCAGGGAAAUGCAACAUCUGUGAUGCAACAGCAACCAUUUAUUCAGCAGCAACAGCAUCAGCAAAUGCAUCAGCAACAACAGCAGCAGCAGCCCCAGCAACAUCCACAGCAACAGCCUCAGCAGCAACCUCAGCAACAGCCCCAAAAAGAUUUUAAUCCUGCUUCUCUUUGCCGAAUAGGCCAGGAAACAGUGCAAGAACUUGUAUCCAGAGUACAAGAAUGCCUUCAACACCUUAAGAAUCUUCAACCUCCUAAUGGAUCAGCCCAGAGCACAUCAUUGGCAGUUGACAAGAAAAACAAGCUAGAUGACCAACUGAAGAUGGUCAAGGUAUUGUUCAAACGGCUCAGAAUAAUCUAUAACAAAUGCAACGAAAACAGCCAAGAAUUGGAUUCAUUUCCGUUGGAUACGAUGAUCCCCACUCAAAGCAACUUGGUCGAUUGGAAGUACGCAGAUAAAACAAAAUCGGAGCAAUAUCUGGCAGCCGUCGAGGAAAAGAAAGAACUCUACGAGCAGAUUGCUGUAAAAAAUCGCCACCUUCAAGAUAUCAUGGAAUAUAUGAGAAGUAUCAUAUGGGAAAUUAAUACUAUGCUUAUGAUGAGACGUCCAUAAAGUAAUGUGUAAUUGUGGUACGAGCUUUUGGUGUGUAAUAACGAUAAUAAAUUUUCAGAAAUGGAA